AUGCUGCUUCUUCUCCUCCUAGCAUCUCUCACGGUGACCACCGUGCGUGGAAACACAGAAAAGGCCAUCUUCCUCGGCCCACCAGCAGCCAAUAUCUCAUCGGCACACCCAACACUAGACGACCUAAACAUCGACACCCUGACCCCUCAAGACUUCACAGUCCGGACACACCUGGAAGCCCAGUUCCCGAGCGAUGCAUUUGAGUAUGGGAAAGCUACGUGGCUGGUUCUUGAUGAACUGACCGAGGGUCAGCGCUACGAAGUGAGGGUCUGCUGGGCAGCAACUCAACCGACUGCAUUCAGGAUGAACACAUACGAGCUGCAAACCGUCUUUGAGACCCCGGAGCUGAUCUCGGAUCUCUCCGAGUAUUCGCGGUCUCGACAGCCAGCCGUGGACAAACCCAGCGGUGAAAAGCCAGGGUCCGCCAAGCUUUCAGGGGUUGCUUCGGCGUCGGAACGACAAGCAUCUGUGCUCCUCCUCCAAGUACUCGCAGCCGCUGAUUAUUACACCAUGAACAAAACUUUGAUGAGAGACGUUCCUCCGGUUCAUGUGGACAUCAUCCUGGACCCCUUCCUACUUAAUGUGUUGCCUCGGUCACUCGCGCCAACCGUUAUCUACAUCAUUGUGGUGGCCAUUGCGUCUUGGUUUCUUGCACAGCUAAUUUCAACGAAGAUCCGCCAGAUACCAAUGGAACCAAGCCAGAAGAAAAGUCAAUAG